AUGCAUUCUACAGUACCCCUCCUCAUUCUCAUUCUCUCCGUUACUCUGGUAACUCCCCAGCGCCCAAAUCGUUACCAGUACUACCAUCAAUACCCUCAACAAGUCUACAACCAAUACUACAAUAACCCAUACUACAGUAAUCCAUUUGGAAGACAACAUGUAGUGCAUGACGUCGUCGCUGACAGUGUAUGGGGUGGGCCGACAAGUUUAGGUUGGGCACAAGUCCCUCGCUACGCCAGUCCACAGUUUUCACCGGUCUAUGGAGGUUGA